CUAGUGUGUCCUCGUCGUGUCAGUUUUUCGUGGUUUUGUGCUAAUUUUAUUGUGAAAUCUUCAAUUCAGUUCUGCAUACCUACUACUUUGUGAUCAGUUCGUUCUAGCUAAGUUUGCUGUUUUCCUACUUGCUUCGGGCUCCGGCAGUGCGUGUUCCAAAGCUAGUAGCUUGGUGUGGCUGUGGGUGAUCGUGCAAUUGCGGUACACUUGAGCUAGAGUAGAGAGCACUGAAGGCGUGUGACCCGUUAGCAGAGGCAAUUGGAGAAAUUUGUAUUACUUGAGUGCAGAGUGAUAAUGGCAGCGUGUGCGGAAGUGCUGAAGCGGGAAUUCCCAUCAAUCGAUGGGGAACUGCUGACCUAUGUGAAAGAUGUACUUCAAAGUGGUGCGGAUGAGUUCGAGAACGGUGAAGAGGUUUACGAGGCGAUCGGAGCUAUUCUUCAUGAGGUUUCCCAGGAAAAGAGCGAAGAUGACAUCAAACAGAUCUGUGAUAUUUUCCUAGAUUUGCUGAAACCGGCUACCGGCGGCGACUCCGGUGGCGGACGUUCGGCGAAAAUUCUCAAUGCUCCCAUUCAUCUGAAGGCGAUGGCCGCCUCGCAGGAGGUAGCCAACGACGAUAUUCAAAGCAUUUGGGUGGUCCAAAGAGACGACAGCUUGAAGGUGGAUUCCAAAAAGCUAGAAAAAGCGGAAGCAAAACGGCAGCAGAAGUUGGAGAAGCGUGAACUUACGAAAACGACGACGCCGGCUGCGCCGGUGUUGCAAAUGGCCACAGCGUCGCAAGUUAUUAGCAAAAAGGACAACAAGAUGGAGGCGAAGGGAACGAAUCGGUCGAUGGACAUUCGGAUCGAGAAUUUUGAUGUUUCAUUUGGGGAUAAGGUUCUGCUGCAGAAUGCUGAUUUGCUGUUGGCAUCCGGUCGUCGAUACGGUUUCGUUGGUAGGAAUGGAUUGGGUAAAACGACGCUCCUGAAGAUGAUUUCCGGUAAACAGCUGCAAAUCCCUAGCCAUAUCACCAUUCUUCACGUUGAGCAGGAGGUUGUCGGUGACGAUACGUUGGCUAUCGAUAGUGUUCUCGAGGUGGACACCGUUCGGUUAGAUCUGCUACAAAAGGAACGGGAACUGAAUGCACAAAUUAAUGCCGGUUCCAGUGAGCCGGAGCUAAGUCACGAACUUUCGGAAGUUUAUUCACAGCUUUUGCUCAUUGAAGCGGACAAAGCGCCUGCACGUGCCUCCAUCAUACUAAACGGUCUCGGUUUUAGUAAAGAGAUGCAAGCUCGACCGACGCGGACGUUCUCCGGUGGUUGGCGAAUGCGCUUGGCGCUGGCUCGUGCGCUCUUUUCGAAGCCCGAUUUGCUUCUGCUUGAUGAACCGACCAACAUGUUGGACAUCAAGGCCAUCAUCUGGCUGGAAAACUAUCUGCAAACGUGGCCUACGACGCUGCUGGUCGUGUCCCACGACCGAAAUUUCCUUGACACCGUUCCGACGGACGUUCUGCACCUGCACUCGCAACGGAUCGAUACGUACAAAGGAAACUACGAGCAGUUCGAUAAAACGCGAACCGAAAAGCACAAAGCUCAGCGGCGAGAAUACGAAGCGCAGCUUGCGCAUCGGAAUCACGUGCAGGAGUUCAUCGAUCGGUUCCGGUACAAUGCUAACCGUGCGGCCAGUGUGCAGUCCAAGAUUAAGAUGCUGGAAAAAUUACCAGAACUUAAGCCGGUGGAAAAGGAAAUUGAAGUUACGAUUAAAUUCCCGGAGGUGGAACCGUUGAAUCCGCCGGUGCUUCAACUGAACGAAGUACAGUUUAAGUAUUCUGACGAUAAAGUGAUAUUCAAGCUGGUCAAUUUGAGCGCUAAUCUGGACUCGAGAAUUUGCAUUGUCGGUGAAAACGGUGCCGGUAAGACGACACUGCUCAAGAUCGUGAUGGGCAUUCUGCAGCCAACGGGCGGCCUGGUGCAUCCGCACCGUGGCCUUCGGUUAGGAUACUUCUCGCAGCACCACGUCGAUCAGCUGGAUAUGUCGGUCAGUUGCGUGGAGCUGCUGCAGAAUGCCUACCCGGGCAAACCGAUCGAAGAGUACCGCCGUCAGCUGGGUAGCUUCGGUGUGACGGGUGAUUUGGCACUGCAGGUGGUGGCUUCCCUCUCGGGAGGACAGAAAUCUCGUGUCGCCCUAGCGAAGAUGUGCAUGGGCCGACCCAACUUUUUGGUACUCGAUGAACCGACCAAUCAUUUGGAUAUCGAAACGAUCGAAGCACUGGGGAAGGCCAUCAAUAAGUAUAACGGUGGAGUGAUUCUCGUAUCCCACGACGAACGUCUGAUUCGUAUGAUCUGCAAGGAACUGUGGGUCUGCGGCGAAGGUACGGUGAAGACCAUAGAGGGUGGUUUCGAUGAGUACCGCAAGAUUGUUGAGCGCGAGCUGGAAGCUGCGCUUGCGUAAAGUUUAUCUUUCGUCGGAAAAGAAAGCGAGGAACACCCAACAGUCGCAUAUAUUUAUGAUUGUAACUAUAAUUAUUAUUAUUACAAUUAUUAUUACUAAUAUUGUUACCCGCAUGCGAAAGGAGGCACACUUUUUGAUCAUUGUGUUAGACACUGUAAUACGUGAUUUGUUGAGAUCGUGGAAUACCGUGUCCGUUGGAAUGGCAAGUAAUGUACACCAGAACAAUUUAAUAGUAGUAUUAUUGGCCGAAAUAAACCCAUAUA